CUUCAUUGUGAUGUGGUUAAUUUAGAUAGCAGUUGAGUAUUGUAGGAAAUUGUUAAAAGACAAAAAUAACUUGAUUAACAAGAAGUAUGUCAGAUAAAUUGAAUGAGUUUUGUGAAAUAAUUGAUACCUAUGGUGGAAGAGAUAAGGUAAUGAAAGCACUAUGUUACAGUGCAAAGCUGGUAUCAGGCUAUUAUGCGAGCAAAAACUCGACAUUAUCAAAACCAUAUGGUAUUAUAAGUUCUCGCAUAUCAGGAGCGCGUGCUACAUUACGACUUAUAGAUGAUAUAUCCAUGAUUCAGUACGCUAAGGAAUAUGGUUUGGGAAGAAAUGAACCGGAUUUAUUAAUGGCAGUUUUGGGCGUGACAGCUAAUAUUGUUGAUAUUCUAUAUUAUCCAAUCGAAAAAAUUUGUUGGCUAUCAGAACAUGAUAUAGUGAAAAUAAAAAAUUCCGAUAAGUGGGAUGUACUCAAUUCUGUGUUUUGGGUGCUUUCAGUACAUCUGAAUCUUAUGAGAACAUUACGAGCCUUCUCUUUAAAUCAACAAAAAUUAAAUGCUGUAGAUGUAAAAAGACUCGAUGCAUAUGAGAAAGCGAUUAAGAAACACAGGAUUGAGAUGCUUUCCAUACUUCGACUAAGUCUAGAUUUUGUUCAUGCUGUGAGCACUUUGCCUAAAGGAUUUCUAUGGGGUGGCAAAUUAUCAACAUUUCAAGUUGGAGCUGUUGGAACGACUAGUGCGUUGUUAGGCAUUUAUCAAAUAUUUGCAAAACGAAAAUUAAAUAAAUAAAUUUUCGUUCAAAUUUUUUAUCAGAAUUAGUUUUAUAAAAUUGUUGAUUUUGUUGCUGUAAAUGUAAAGUGUUAGAUCUGCAAGUUACUGUGCAAUUACAAGUUUAAA